AUGUUAUUCACUCUUCCUCAAAAUACAAAACGUACGAAGCCAGAUCCUGCUCUUAUUUUUUCUUCAAAUUUGUUUCAGCUUCUCCAAAUGGCCUUGAUUCACGGGGUUGAUAUCUGUAUAAAUUAUUUACCACUGGCUGUUAUUCAGCUGGACCCUUUACCUGUAACUGCAGAUAACGACCCAGUUAUCUUAAACACUUCUGCAAAUAAGUCUCGAUUUAUCCAAAAUUUGGUGGAUGCACUGGAGCUCCGUGGUGUGCUACCACACAGCAUUGCUAGUGAUACAGAUGAUAUGGAUAUUCGCAUUAGUCUUUUGUCUCGGCUACUUGCCCAUUCAACUCGCUUCCGACGACAAUUUGGCUUUCAACUUCUUCUGGCAUGUCUUGAUGGUCGACCAGAAUGUCGACACCUUCGCGUCGAUCGUCUAUCUGCCUUCCAUCCUCAUGUUUGUUCACACAAAAUAACAGACACCUUUAAAAAUGCUGCAGGCCAGAUUAAAGGGAUUGCUGGCCUCUGUGAAGUUACUGACACACUAGAACCGGAAGGCGAUUGGGUGGCUGAAAUCGACAUUGAUGAUCCAGAAUGCACUGAUACAACCGAGGUUGAGAACAUGAAUGAGAAUCUUCUCGAGAAAGGCGACCUAGAGGCAUCGGUAGCUUUGGAAGAUUUAGGUCUUCUAAUCAAAAUUUUCCUAGCCUAA